UUUUCAACAACCAUAAAACCUUCUCUAAAUCCUUCCCAUUUUCUCGAAACAGGAAUGGGAGGGUGUAUAAGCUCUCCCCGUGAUGGCAAUGCCACGAUAGCCGACCCCACCGACUCAAGUGGAGCUGGCCAAUCAGUCUCCAUUGGCAAGAACCAACCUCUCAAGUGUGAAAAACCAAAAUGGAAGAGCGAUAUUCCACUAACCGAGGGCCAGCUACGGAGCAAACGCGAUGAAUUCUGGGAUACUGCACCGGCUUUUGAAGGACGUAAAGAGAUCUGGGAUGCUUUGAAGGCUGCUGCUUAUGCAUCAGAGACUAAUGACCAUGCCUUAGCCCAAGCGAUUAUUGAUGGUGCCAGUAUAUCCUUGCCAAAUGGAACGUUAAUGGACUGUUAUGAUGAACUAGGUAACAGAUACCAACUACCGGUGUACGUACUUAGUGCACCUACAAACCUGAUUCAAGAAUCUAGCGAUACAGAUACAGCCACCGAUACAGAAUCUGCAUCCUCAAACGGUACGGACAUUCCGAUAAAAUUCCGCUUGUCCACCGGCAAGGAUAUGAAACUCAUGGUACGAACAACAGACACUGUGUCACGCCUAAAACGGCGACUACAUGCCGAGGAAGGUAUCGAACCUAGUCACCAAAGAUGGUUUUUCUCGGGACGCUUGCUGAGUAACAAACUCCGCAUCGAGGAGGCAAAAAUUCCAAAAGGAUUUGUUGUUCAAGUGAUAGUGACCGAACCUAAUCCAACCCCGGUGGAUAGUUGAGAAAAAGUCUCAUACGUGUCUAGGUUCUUAAAAUUCUCAAACUAUUGUCGACUGCCGGAAUUUGUGUCUGUAUGAAAGUCGCAUCGCUUUACCACCGUCAACAUGUUGUGCCGUGUUUUUGGCACUUGUGAUCUUUUCUUUGGCUGAUGAUCAUAUAUCGUGCGUAUGGGCAUCAUCUAUCGCCAUUAGUAAUAGACGCUCAUUUUGCACUUGCAAUGUCCUGCUCAUCUUGUAUUGAACUGGUGGGUACUCCUCACAGAGCCGGUUGUCCGUUUCAGCACCUUAACCUUUCAGUAUACCGGGUCUUGAAAAAACUCCUUUGAACUGAAAUCCACCUGAUAAAAACAACAACAUUCUACCAUGACUAUGAUCAUUUCUAAAUUCCUGAAAUGGCCACACCUGACAAAAAAUUAGUUAUCGAGUACUCUACUAAAAGAAGAAGUUUGGUUGAGACUGAGAGACAAGUGUUGUAUUGGCCCAAUUUGCUUAUUAAUGUGAUGGGAACAAUGUACUACUUCGAAUCUUGCUUGCAGUUCUGCUUAAAUCAGGUGUGUCAUUUGGUUGUGUACAUCUCAUGAUAAUCUCACAUGUACUUUGAAUCAUGCUUGCAGUUCUGCUUAAUUCACGUGUAUCAUUUGGUUGGGUUACACUCAUACAUCUGGUGAUAGUGUUAUUCUGUAACCCGUAAUGUAUCAUUGUAGAAAACUUUAACAAGGGGAUGGAAGGUCUAUAUGUAAUUCUAGCCUAUUGUGUUUGAUCUAACCUGCGUCAACUGUUGCAGAGGAGAUAUAUUUUGUGCAAAUAUUGCCGCCUUGACAUUAUGUUAUGGAAAAAUUUACUCGUUACUUUUCCAAGGGAUCUGAUAGCAUACAGUAUCACGUUCUCAGUAUGGGCUCUUGACCGGGUUGUUCAAAACAAGUCCUGUCACCAAUGCUGGUCUUAACUUUACUUGGCGUUAUCUCCUUUAAUUAAGUCCAUUUGAGUUAAUGCCAGCGUUAAUGACAAAACUUGAUUGAAAUAACCAGGCUCUGGUGGCAAAUAUAACUGCCAAAUACUCCUUCGAGGACUUUAUGAUAGACAGCACCAAUUGGCAUAUACACACGUCCACUCCCUGGAUUAAGUGUACAUAUGGAUAAGACUAUGGCGAUGAAUGAUUGUGUCUUGCCUGGACUUUUACUGUAGACAUUGCUUGGUGCAAUGUAAAUUUUGUGUAGUCAUCUGCUGUGGCUGCAGGAACUGUGUAUUUAAUGAGGGUGUAUCAAAUCUCGGCUUUAAUGUCAGUAGUUCUUUGUACAGAUAUUAUGAAGGUUAUGAUACAUUUCUAUUGAAAAGAAAUAGGUUGAUAAUGUUUGUCUUACAAUGCAGCUUCAGCUUGUUAAGACCUUAUUCAUUAUAUGGCUCUAAAUUUUGGGUUAAUUUGCAUGGCUGUUUAUUUCCUCAUGUUCUUUUCUAUAGUUCUUUUGUACAGGACAUGGGAUUUAAUAGUCAUUGCCUGAAUUUUUGCAUUCUUAGUGAAGAGUGCCUUCUUAAAGAGACUUUUAGAUUGACCAUGAAAAAAUCUUUGCUCGCUGCUGUAGCAGGUUACAUAGGUUCCAAAUGAUGGUGUGUUACUUCUGACUCUGAGAAGGCAAGGUCACAGUGUACAUGAUACAAUGCACAUGUAAUGAGUAAAGGUACUCAGUCAGUAUUUCUCACUUCUACCCAGUAGUAACACACCUCCAGCGUCCUAGCCUGUACCAGAAAUGGGGUACAAAAUAUCUUUGAUUCGAUGCAGCAACAUAAAAGAUACGUUUCAGGUCUGUCUCAUGAUGCGGGUUGUAAUUCUAGUAUUAUUUUACAUGCCUGUUUUGUUGGAGAUAUUGUUAGUGUGCUGGAUGAUUUCGAUCCAGAUCUAGUCGGUUUGAAAGUGUCUAUGUUUGUAUAAAAUUGUGCUGUUGUCAUUAAUUUGUGCUUGCUUUUGUUGCAUUUCUGAUUACAAAAUAUGAUAAUGUGGUUGCCGAAGGUAAGCCCCUUUCAAAGUGAUCGCCAAAACUGGUACAUCAUAAAGUUCCUCUUGCUUUUGUUGCAUUACGCUACAGUCAUGUGGUCACUUGUGCUGGGGCUGCUGGAAUCAAUGGUGAGAUAUAUAACACAGAUGAAUGGCUCAUUGAAAGGUUGUUAGCAAGUUUUAAAAAAUUCUUUAUGCUUUUUUGCUGUAUGUGCAUGUGGGUGCAUAUAAAAUAUGCCAUGAUGAAAAGUGACUGUGUAAAAUUCCGAUGUGUGUUGUUUGGUUGUGCAACUGUGUUGUUUUGCUAGUGUUUUAUAGUAGAAUGUGGCAAAGCCAAAGUUAGACUUUGUUACGUUUCAGUCUUACACUACAGUCUCUCUGUAUGUCAAGGCUUUUGGGAUUCAAUUUGAAUAAAUGCUGUUGAAAGUAGGGCUGAUAUUUCACAAGUAUUUCUGUCACACUGUGGCUUUUCAUAGGGCUAUGGUUAUUGGCCGCAAUAGACUUACCUGAAUCCUUUGUGGCUGGUGAAAUUGUGAGGCCAAAGGAAGUAAAAGAAUCGGGCAAAUCUAUUGUGGCUCCCAAGCGGUGCCUACCAAAACAUGAAAAAUAAAACUGUCAUGAACAUAACUUAGCUCUCCAUUGUAUUAUUUGAAUGUCCUAUCUCUGUGUCGUCUGUAAGAAUAAUAUGUGUAAGUUGUGUUGCUCUUCGUCCAUCCCAUGUAAUGGGUUUCUAUCCAUAUCAGUCAUAGACAUUCUCUUCAAAGACUACACACAAAUUUCAACACAAUGUACUGAUUGGUUUGGGACUGGGUCACACCUUUUAACAUAAAAUGUUUCAUCUUUGUCUAAAAAUUUAAAAUCAAACUGUGGAUCAGCUGAUUAAUGCUAUAAAAUACUCAGCUAAUGUGUUUUUCAUAUAAUUUGGUAAUUUAUUUUGUCUCACUGUCUGUCUGUGUCUCUUUGUCAUUGCUUACAAUACAAAUGAAAAUGUCACAUUCGGAGGCAAGUAGUGUGUAGAUAACCUGGUGUCUUGUCUGCUUUGUUUUCAGUUCAGGCUAAGUGGCCUUUAUUGCCUCUAAAAACUUUAGUGAGAUGAUUUGGAUCAAAUUUUAACCUGGGACUGGAAAUUUGUAUUUGAUAACUGCUCUUGUUGUAUAGUGAUUCCCUGCUAAUCAUGCAAGUACGUGUCUAUUUAAAAAGAUGUCUACUUAAUUUCACUUGCUGCUUUUACAAGCAUUUUUUCAAGUGGUUUACUCUCUGCUUGCCAUACAGGCUUAUGACUUAUGUUAUUCAGUGAAUUGUCUAAUCAAAUUUGAGGGUCUUGUUGGCUUACCAUAGGUCCUGUCAAGAUUUGUGUCUCUGCAUUCUUACUACCCUGCCUUAUAUCAAUCUGUUGUUUGACUUGAUGACUUACUUGGGGGUUACAAAAAGGGUUCCCUUAGAAGGACGUCUUAUAAGUCUGUCUGUCUGCCAAGGGUGUUCAGUAGGAUUCCAAGAUACCUCCAUUAGUAACGCAUGGCAAAUGGACGAGAUCUUUAUGAUGCUUACUGCAAUGUUCAUGUAAGAUAAUUUCCUGCCAAACAUUUAUCAAAACAGGUAUUCAUGUACAUGUAAUGCUUUGCUAACAGUUUUCUCGCGAUAAAUGUAGAAUUAUGUACGUCCUUCUUCAGUGAAAGGCAUAAUGUCAAAGAAAUUGUUUUAAUAAGUCAGAAGUACCUUUGCUUAACCUGAGAGGCUUGUUGGGUGCAUGUAGUCUUACAUCUUGUUGUGCAAUACACACUGUUGGAUUGAGACACAUUAUUUUAAGAUGGAAGGCCCUGUAUCUUAUUCCUUGGGUGAUUUAGUCAGGUCCCAGUUUUAGAAAGUAUGUUAGCUCGUACAUGUAACAUCAUCCUGACAUGUUGUUUCAUGUACAUCAGUGUACAUGAAACAACAUAACCCAACAAUCAGGCCCAGGAGCUGAGACCAUAAACUGCGCUGCAUCCCAAUUCCCAGGCUUUGUACUACCUUUGCCACAGACAGUACGCUAUUCAAAAGUCCUCAGGAGUCAAGAUGGGCAUGCCAGAAGGUUUAAUUGAAUAUUCCAGCAUGUAAUCGUAGUUCUAGGAAACUGUUUUGACAUUUUGCAUUUCCAUCAAUUUCUUACUGAAGAUCUGUCAACGCUAAUUAUCAUAUAUGCAAUUUUCUCCACACUUCACUCAGUCGGCUGAGCUGAUUGGGUAUUGUAAUCUAAGUCUUAUGAUUUAUGAACUUGAACGAUUGUGUAAAUAUUCGAAAAAGCUUGAGUCAUUCUUGAUUAUACGUCUCUGCAAUGAUUGAGUGAUUGUCUAUACUUGUACAUAAUAACUAUUUAUUGCUGAGCUUAUACAGGCAAUAAGAAACAUUCAUUUGUAAAGAUUAAAUCAUUUGGGUCAAAUAAAAUUGACUUUGUCUGUAAUGAAA